AUGAGGAUGGGGAAUUAUUCAACCAUGACCAAAUUCUUUAUGGUGGGACUUUCCAAAUACCCAGAGCUCCAGCUUUUUCUGUUCGUGCUCUGCCUCAUCAUGCAUGUGAUAAUUCUGCUGAGAAAUAGCCUCCUCAUUGUCAUCAGCACAUUUGAUUCUCGCCUCCACACCCCCAUGUACUUCUUCCUUGGGAACCUCUCAUUCUUGGACAUCUGCUACACAUCAUCAUCCAUUCCCCCCAUGCUUGUCAUAUUUAAGUCUGAGAGAAAAUCUAUCUCCUUCAUUGGCUGUGCUCUGCAGAUGGUUGUCUCCCUUGGGUUGGGCUCCACUGAGUGUAUCCUCCUGGUUGUGAUGGCCUAUGAUAGGUAUGUGGCCAUCUGCAACCCACUGAGGUACCCCAUCAUCAUGAACAGGGUGCUUUAUGUGCACAUGGCUGCUUGGUCCUGGAUCAUAGGCUGCCUAAACUCCUUAGUGCAAACAGUCCUGACAAUGGUAUUGCCCUUCUGUGGGAAUAAUGUCAUUGAUCAUAUUACCUGUGAGAUCCUGGCUCUUCUUAAACUCAUAUGUUCAGAUAUCUCCAUCAAUGUGCUUAUCAUGACCGUGGCAAAUAUUGUUUUACUGGUGAUUCCUCUGCUGUUAAUUCUCAUUUCCUAUGUUUUUAUCCUCUCUUCCAUCCUGAGAAUUAAUUCUGCUGAAGAGAGAAAGAAAGCUUUUUCUACCUGUUCUGCCCACCUGACUGUGGUUAUCUUCUUCCAUGGUUCAGCCCUUUUUAUGUACAUGAAGCCCAAGUCAAAGGACACAAACACUUCUGAUGAGAUCAUUGGACUGUCUUAUGGAGUGGUAACCCCGAUGUUGAAUCCCAUCAUCUACAGCAUGAAGGAUAAAGAAGUGAAAGAAGCCAUGAAGAAAGUCCUAAGCAGACACCUGAAUUUACUGAAAUCAUGA